UUUCCUGAUCUAGCCACUCCUACACAAGUAUCCAUACACAAACCAUGACUAACUAUAGCCUUAAAAGAGCUUCUAAACUUUACCUGCUGUUCAUCACGCUCCCCCUCAGUUUAGCUACUCUAAGAGUUGGUUUCUACACAACCUCUUGCCCUCUAGCUGAAUCUACCAUUCGUCGAAUCGUCCAACAACGCUUUGUUGCAGACAAAUCUGUAACUCCUGCCUUACUUCGCAUGCAUUACCAUGAUUGUUUUGUUAGGGGUUGUGAUGCGUCCAUACUCAUAGACUCAACUCGCAGCAAUCAAACAGAGAAAGGUGCAGGUGCUAACUUAGGCGUACGAGGAUACGAAGUGAUAGAUCAAAUCAAAGCUAGGCUAGAAAGUAUAUGCCCUGAAACCGUCUCAUGUGCAGACAUCAUAGCACUAGCGACCAGGGAAGCUCUACGCCUAGCAGGAGGCCCAAAUUAUGACGUGCCAACGGGUCGAAGAGAUGGGCGUAUAUCGAGAUCUGAUGAGGUAAACCUGCCCGGCCCAUCAUCCACAGUAUCAGAGGCUCAAAAAGUGUUUCGUGCCCAUGGGUUGACCCUGGAUGAAAUGGUGGUGCUCUUGGGUGCUCACACUGUUGGAACUGCUCACUGCAGUUUCUUUCGAGAUAGGCUAUCAAACUUCCGAGGAAGUGGAGCUCCAGAUCCUACAAUGGAACGAGGAAUGGUUGAUAAACUUAAGAAUACAUGCGGUUCGAAAAUUGUGGAUCGUACUGUAUUCUUGGACGAAAACACUUCAUUUUUGGUGGAUAACAUGUACUACAAGCAAAUAAUUAGGAAAAGAGGGGUGCUAAAAAUUGACCAGGAGAUAGAAGAGGACAUGGCAAGUUCCAAGUUUGUAGCAAAAUUAGCAGCAGAUAAUGCCUUGUUUGGAGAACACUUUGCAAAGGCAAUGGUGAAACUGGGGAGUUCUCGAGUCCUUGAGGGUCGUGAUGGGGAGAUUAGACGAAACUGUAGGGUAAUCAAUCAUUAGAAGCAUUUAAGGAGUUCUAAGUGAACUAGUUACAUGGGCUAAAUACCAAGGAACUAGCCUAUAUAAUAAACAGCUGAAUAAAUGAAUUACAUGUUUUUCGAUCUC